UCUACCUUUCCCUUGUCAUCUCUCCACCGCUAUUCGAAAAUGGCUCCUUUUGCGACUGAACCGAUGGAGACCCCACUCUCAGAAACCUCGAGGAAGGUCUCAGUCACCACCACCAUUACUACAGAACCUGCGCACGAGGAGUAUCAAUAUCUCGACCUGAUCCGAGACAUUCUCCGCGAUGGCGAGCACCGCCCCGACCGCACCGGAACCGGCACAUACUCCAUCUUUGCUCCUCGUCAAAUGAAGUUCUCUCUCACUCGACCUUUGUCCGACCCUUCGCAAGAGCCCGAACUCAUCCUCCCCCUCCUCACCACGAAACGCACAUUCACCCGCGCCAUAAUUGCCGAACUCCUCUGGUUCGUCGCAGGCUCUACACACUCCAAGUCCCUCUCAGACGCCGGCAUCAAGAUUUGGGACGGCAACGGUUCGCGUGCCUACCUCGAUAGUGUGGGUUUGACACACCAUGAAGAGGGUGAUCUAGGCCCCGUAUACGGAUUCCAAUGGCGACAUUUUGGCGCAGAAUACAAAGGCCACGACGCAGACUACUCAGGACAGGGUGUGGAUCAAUUAGCAGAGGUGGUACACAAGUUGAAGCACAACCCAUACGACAGACGCAUCAUCCUCAGCGCGUGGAACCCUGCCGACCUGAAGAAAAUGGCCCUGCCACCCUGCCACAUGUUCGCGCAAUUCUACGUUUCCUUCCCGGGUGCGAAGAGAGGUAAAGAUGGGGUUACACAAACUGAGAAUCAGGAUAGAGGGAAGGGUGUUCUGCAUUCUAUCCUUUAUCAGCGGUCCUGCGACAUGGGCCUCGGUGUACCGUUCAACAUCGCUUCGUAUGCGCUGCUCACGCACAUGUUGGCGAGAGCCUGCGAUUUGACACCAGGCACUUUUACACAUACCAUGGGUGACGCACAUGUUUAUCUCGAUCAUGUAGAUGCGCUCAAAUUGCAGUUGGAGAGGGAGCCGCGCGAGUUUCCUGCUUUGAAGAUUGCACGAGAAGUUGGGUGUGAUAUUGAUGGGUGGCAGGCAGAGGAUUUCGAGGUUGUAGGGUAUAAGCCUCAUCCUACCAUUGCUAUGAAGAUGAGUGUAUGA